GGAUCGGCACCUCCGGAUGCGCCCGGCCCAGCGCACCAGCUCCGCAGCGGGAGCAGCGGCCGCCUGCGCGGCUGGGAUGCCCGGGCGCCGGGCCCCGGGGCUGGGCCCCCGGCGGUAACCGGAGCGGGGGGGCCGAGCCCCCCCCCGCCCGCUCCCCCCCUCCGCGCGCCGGUCCCAGAGCCGCAGCUGCUGCGCCCGCGCCCGGGGACACUUCGCCCGCCACCGCCCGCCGAGCAGCCCGGGGCCCGCAGGGGGCGCCGCCGGAGCCAGUGCAGCCAUGGGGGCGCUGCUGGCCUGGGUGGUGGGCGCCGCGUUGGUGUCCUCCGUCUGGGGGGGCUGUGUGGAGGUGGACUCAGAGACCGAGGCCGUGUAUGGAAUGACCUUCAAGAUCCUGUGCAUCUCCUGCAAGCGUCGCAGUGAGACCAACGCUGAGACCUUCACUGAGUGGACCUUCCGCCAGAAGGGAACCGAGGAGUUCGUCAAGAUCCUGCGCUAUGAGAAUGAAGUGCUACAAUUGGAGGAGGAUGAGCGUUUUGAGGGCCGCGUGGUGUGGAAUGGCAGCCGGGGCACCAAGGACCUGCAGGACCUGUCCAUCUUCAUCACCAAUGUCACCUACAACCACUCGGGUGACUACGAGUGCCACGUCUACCGCCUGCUCUUCUUUGAGAACUAUGAGCACAACACCAGCGUCGUCAAGAAGAUCCACCUGGAGGUGGUGGACAAAGCCAACAGAGACAUGGCGUCCAUCGUGUCGGAGAUCAUGAUGUAUGUGCUCAUCGUGGUGUUGACUAUCUGGCUCGUGGCCGAGAUGGUUUACUGCUACAAGAAGAUCGCUGCGGCCACGGAGGCUGCAGCUCAGGAGAAUGCCUCUGAAUACUUGGCCAUCACCUCAGAGAGUAAAGAGAACUGUACUGGCGUUCAGGUGGCUGAAUAGCCCCGGUAAGGCGCUGGGCUCCGCCUCCAGGGAGAGCUGGCCUCCUCGGGCAACUUGGGGCGCAGCCUGCCCCCAAUGGGGGCUGGCCAUUCCUGGGCCUCCACUAGCCUCAAAGUCCUGCCCACGGAGCUGCCAGGAUAGGAGGGGCAUGGGUGGGCUAAGCCCUGCACCCCUCAUUUAGCUUUCUUCCUCCGGCUCCAGCGCCCACCCACCGCCAUGCAUGAUGGGUAAAGCAAUACUGCCGCUGCCCCCACCCCUGCUUCUGCUGCCUGUUGGGGGAGGGGGCGGUGAAGUGGGGGCAGCGGCUCCGCACCCUUCCUCCUUGCUGAUUUGCACACACUGGCCGCUUCAGACUCGCACUACGGGGUGGGGGUGGGGGGGCCAGCCCCUGCCUUCCUCCAUACCCAACAGGUGUCUGGAUGGGCCCUCACAGCUCUGGGACGCGCUCUGACCCUUGGCGACAUUGCCUGCCCCCCCUGCUUCCUCUGGCUGGACCUGGGGUUCCCUCUCCCGUGAUGCACUCUCACCCCAGCCGAACCCGCCCUCUCUCACCAGCCUUGGAUUGUGGCCACUUCAGAAGGGGCCCGGUCAGCCUCGUCUCUCUUUACACAAGUAGUUUUGUUCAUGAAAUAAAGAUUCUUGGACUUGA